UAUGGAAGCUGUGAUUGCAAUUCAGUUCACUUCAGUAUCGAAGCAGUCACAAUGAUGAAAGCAUUUCUGUUUAAAAUAAUUUUUAUUUUGACAUUUUAUAAAGUGAAUGGCCACAACUGGCAUACUACCGAAGAUGACAAUAAGUUCUACAUAGAAACUGAAAUGAAGUACAAUUGGUUUGAAGCUUUUGCUGAAUGUAAUCGUCUUAAGAUGUCUUUGAUGGCAGUUGAUUCGAAACAUAAACAAGAACUGCUGAAAGAAGUAACCGAAUCAAUAGCUGAUGAACCUAAACUCUGGUUAGGAGGACAUGAUAACGCCGUUAGCAGACGUUUUGAAUGGAUAUCUACCGGCGAAAUAUUUCGCUACAGCAAUUGGCACAAAAACGAACCAAACAACAAUGCUGAGAAUUGUGUUAUGACCUUUGAUCGUACUCUACAAUGGAAUGAUGCUCCCUGUUCUACUAAAUUGGGUUUUGUUUGCGAAGCAAAUCCCAUGCUAUUGGAAAAGGCUGCCGAGUUGAAAACUCUUAAGGAUGUCUUAGAAUCUGAAAUUAAAAUUUUGACGGAGCAGUCGGGAAAUUUAAUCAAAUCAUUAGAAACUCAACUUCAAGAAAAAGAGACAGAGCUCAUUAUGCUAAGGGCAUCCCUUCAAAUACAAGGCGAAGAAAUAAAGCAAAUGAAAAAGAACUUGGAUCAAUCUGGGUUCGUUGUCAGUGAUAUACCCACAUUAUAUGAAACUUCCUCCCAUGACCAUAUAGAAGAUGUAAACGCCGAAAACGUUCCAGUUAUUAGUUAUAAAGAUGUAAAGGUCCCAAAUGUUCUUCCUGAUAAAGUUGAAAACUGUGAGAAUGUUUCUCAUGCUGUUAAUGCGGCUCUGUUGAAGGUAGCCAAUGAAGAUUUGCUGAACCAAAAGAAGGCCAAUGAGUUGUUGGCAAAACAAUAUUUUGCUGUUAUAAUGAAAUCUUAUGAGGCAUUUGCCAAUAGAAAGUAAUAAAAUUUGAAAAUCCCUAUGGCAAUUAAAUAAACUGUAGUAGUGACAUAUUUUUAAACGAUAAAUGAUUAAAUUACCAUCCAUUACCAUGAUUUAAUUACCACCAUAUACUAAUUUCGUAAUUCUGUUUGUAAAUCCUCGAUAUAAUCGUCUAAGACCCCAUCUUAUAUAAAAAAAUUCAAUUUGUGUUUGUUUGUA